AUGGAGGCUUGCACUGCCGUUAAGGCCUGCUCUGCCUCUCUGGCACCGUGCCGCGGACAGCAGGUGUCGUCUGCUUCUAAGAUCGAGCUGACGACCUCUUUCCUGCCUGCACCCUCACGAAGCCAUGGCCUUAUGGCCGCCAGAAAAGCGGCCAGCACGCCCCGCCGUGUAGUGUCGCCGUGUGCAAAAGUGCGGGAGAUUUUCAUGCCGGCGCUGAGCUCGACCAUGACGGAGGGCAAGAUCGUUGCCUGGUCGAAGAGCGAAGGCGAUCAGCUGUCGAAGGGCGAGAGCGUUGUGGUGGUGGAGUCGGAUAAGGCGGACAUGGACGUCGAGACCUUCUACGAUGGGAUCCUCGCCGCUAUCCUUGUCGACGAGGGUGAGAUGGCUCCUGUGGGCUCAGCCAUCGCGGUGCUGGCUGAAUCCGAGGACGAGCUCGACGCCGCCAAGGCUGCAGCAGCGAAGAUCAAGGGGGGUUCUUCCUCUGCUCCUGCCGCUGCUGCUCCUGCUGCCCUUGCUCCUGUCGAAUCUGCCGCUCCUCCCCCUCCCGCCCCUGCCGCCCGGGCGGCAUCUGCUCCUGCUGCUGCGGUGGUGUCGACGCACCCAGCGGCAGCGGGCGGUCGCAUUGUGGCCACUCCCUAUGCGAAGAAGCUGGCAAAGGAGCUCAAGGUGAACCUGGCAACGGUUGUCGGAUCAGGGCCGCUGGGUCGCAUUGUUGCCUCUGAUGUGGAAGCUGCUGCCGCAGCACCCGCAGUGGUAGCUGCCCCAGUUGUUGCUGCUGCUCCUACCGCUCCUGCUGCUGCUGCUCCGCCGGCAGCUGCACCAGCUGGGCCCGCGGUGGUGCCUGGGAGCACGGUGGCGUUCAGUGGCAUGCAGGCUGCAGUGGCUCGCAACAUGGAGGCGAGCCUCGCCGUGCCCACGUUCCGCGUGGGCUACACCAUCACCACGGACGCCCUCGACGCGCUCUACAAGCAGAUCAAGGGCAAGGGCGUCACGAUGACCGCGCUGCUGGCCAAGGCAGUGGCCAUGGCUCUGGCUCAGCACCCCACGGUGAACGCCAGCUGCCGGGACGGAGGCAGCUUCGUGUUCGCGCCCAGCAUCAACGUGUGCGUGGCCGUCGCCAUGGACGGCGGGCUCAUCACUCCCGUACUGCAGGACACGGAUAAGAUGGACAUCUACACGCUGUCCCAAAAGUGGCGUGAGCUGGUGCAGAAGGCCAGGGAAAAGAGACUCAGCCCUGCAGAAUACCAAACAGGCACCUUCACUCUUUCCAACCUCGGAAUGUACGGUGUGGAUCGCUUCGAUGCCAUUCUGCCACCUGGCCAGGGUGCCAUCAUGGCUGUUGGCGCUUCUCGCCCCAAGGUGGUUGCUCUGCCCAAUGGCAUGUUUGCUGUGCGGAGGCAGAUGCAGGUGAAUGUCACUGCUGAUCAUCGGAUCAUCUAUGGUGCUGAUCUGGCAGCCUUCCUGCAAACGUUGGCUCAAAUUAUUGAGAAUCCAAAGGAUCUCACUUUCUAG